GAUCUGAACCGGUUCUGGACACAGCUAGAAUUUUCGAAAAAAAAAGAAAAUGAGGACCCUGAAAUAUGCCGCUUUCCUUUUAACAUUUAUAACAUUCAAUACUGCCCAAGCCGAUGAAAAUAAAAUGAGAGCGACUGUAGAUAACGAGAGGCCGCAGCCGUUACAGAGGAGAUACUCGGAGGCCAUCCUCGCCAGCGAUUACAGCAGAUCCGUGGAUAAUAUGCUCAAGAAGAACUUUGUCGACUGGUUACUUGCCAGAAGAGAGAAGAAAAGCGAUAAUACGUCUGAAGCCACCAAACGAGAGGCAGAUUUUCAGCUUCCGGAUGGGGAUAUGAAAGAAAAAGAAGCUCAGGAAGGAUUUGAGAGGAACGUAAACUACUUCACUGGGCUGAUGAGGAACAAGCACAGAGAAAGCGUCUACAAUGAAGCCAAGAUGAUGUUGAACCAGCAAUUAGUGGAUUUACUGAUGUUAACGGAUCUAUGCAAACAGAGGUUUUCUUAAUCGUCUCUGGACCUCGGUGGGUAUAGAUGGAGAAUCCACGGGCACAUACACAGAAGCAGUAGUUAUCUAUUUUCAUUACUGAUUCCCAAUGAAACAAAUAAAAUACAUUUCAGAA